AUGCGACUUUUCGAGCACAACAUGGCGGAUUUGCCAAAAGAACGCAUUCAAGCCUCGCGUGUCUUUAUCAUCUCUGGAGUGGACUUUUGCGGGCCAUUCUAUUAUAAGCCCGAAGCGCGCAGUAAAUCGCCCCAGAAAUGCUAUAUCAGCGUAUUCAUUUGUUUUGCAACAAAGGCCGUUUGGAUGGAACUGGUUAAGGACCUUUCAACUGGUGCUUUUCUGGAUGCUCUAAAACGAUUUGUCGCUACGCGUGGUACACCAAGCUGCAUCUGGUCUGACAACGCAACUAAUUUUGUAGGCGCUAGGAACGAGCUGAAAGGGUUACGACGCCUGUUUCUCAGUGAAAGGCAUCGUAGUGAUGUUCACGCGCACUGCCUUAACAAUGGUUUCGAUUGGCGAUUCAUACCGCCUCGUUCGCCGCACUUCGGUGGCCUUUGGGAGGCCGAAGUAAAAAUGGCAAAGCAGCAUUUGUAUCGCACUGUUGGAACUGCAAUUCUUGGUAUCGGCGAAUUGCACACAUUGGUAUGUGAAAUCUCUGCCAUAAUAAAUUCUCGCCCACUUGAGCCAAUUUCAGAUAAUCCCGACGAUAUUGACGUAUUGACGCCAGGUUAUUUUCUUAUCGGUGGCCCCCUUACAACACUUCCAGAACCGGACCUUACGCCACUAAAUUACAAUCGGCUCGAUCGCUGGCAGCGCGUUACCUAUCUGCAACAAAUCUUCUGGAGGAGGUGGAGUGAAGAAUACUUGACUCUUCUCCAGCAGCGCGCCAAGUGGCGCACUCCCCUGCCCAAUAUCCAAAUUAACGACGUUGUAUGCAUCAAGGAUGAAAACUCUGCGCCAAUAAAGUGGCCGUUGGCUCGCGUCACUGAAGUCAUCACUGGUAUAGAUGGUGUUGCUCGAGUUGCAGGCCUGCGUAUCCCCACUGGCAUUACGCGUUGA